GGUUAGAUCCAAGCCUAGUCUCGCAGAGGCAGUGGGAAAGGGGGGCGGGAAGAAACGACUCAAACUUUUGAGGCAAGGGCAGGAACUCAGACAUGGGUGGGGCUUAAACCAAUUUAUAGUUUAUUCAAAUAAUUGGGCGAGGUCGGAGUUACAAGCGAUGCCCAGACUGCGAAAAUUGGAAGGGUCUGAGGCUGCGUGCUUGAAGUGAUGGGCGAGACUUGGAAGAGAAAGCAACCGAAGGCCGGGGUUGGGGGCCACAGGGGAGGGGUCGAGCUAAAAAAGUACAGUAUUUAAAGGUUUUGAGGCUGGGGGGGUGGUCUGUACCAAUGAGGUGGGCGGAGCUUGGACUGAAACCAUGCAUGUCCUGUUGAGAACAGAUUCUAGUGUUCAUUUCCCUGGAACACCGAUUACUUCUUCUGUGACUCAGUUUCCUCUUCCCGUAAGUUGGAGAUGAUGAUGUUUAAUGGUGUGUGACACAUGGUAAGUGCUAUAUAAUAGUUUGCUACCACAGUAUUAUUAUUUUUUCCUAAUCCAGAUCCCAAAUCCCGGGAGCGUAGAGAACCAGAAGUGCAGUUCCUUCUAGUGACCCGACUUAGGUGCAGGUCAAGGGACAGGAAGGAGAUUUAGAUAGUUUAAAACCUCACAGCGAAGGGGAUUAGUGGAGGGGGGCCAGGUGUAGAGGGCGGAGCCUUCCUGAUCUCAGGGCUGAAGGAUGGCGGCCCUUGCCCGCCUGCUGGAGCGUCUCCUUUGGUCUGCUCGCAAGGAAAAGGAGGAGGUGGAGGAGGGGGAGGAGGAGGGGGAGGCGGGGCGCAGGGCCCUCGACGGGCCUCAGUCUCUCCUGGCCGCGCCGCGAUGCGCCCAGCAGCCACACGGGGGUGCCGCGGCGUCGUGGGGACUGCGCUUCGGAGCUAGCGCCGCGCAGGGCUGGCGCGCGCGCAUGGAGGACGCGCACUGCGCUUGGCUCGCGUUACCUGGGCUGCCCCCUGGCUGGGCUUUCUUCGCUGUCCUCGACGGCCACGGAGGGGCGCGAGCGGCUCGCUUUGGCGCGCGCCACUUGCCAGGCCACGUGCUCGAGGCGCUGGGCCCCGCGCCUGGCGAGCCCGAGGGCGUGCGCUGGGCGCUGCGCCGAGCCUUCUUGAACGCAGACGAACGCCUGCGCUCGCUCUGGCCCCGCGGCGAACCGGGUGGCUCCACGGCGGUGGCAUUGCUUGUCUCCCCGAGCUUUCUAUACCUGGCGCACUGCGGUGACUCUCGCGCGGUGCUGAGCCGUGCCGGCGCCGUGGCCUUCAGCACCGAGGACCACCGGCCUCUCCGGCCCCGGGAACGGGAGCGCAUCCACGACGCGGGCGGCACCAUCCGCCGCCGGCGCAUCGAAGGCUCUCUGGCUGUGUCGCGAGCACUGGGCGACUUUGCCUACAAGGAGGCUCGGGGGAGGCCCCCCGAGCUGCAGCUCGUUUCCGCUGAGCCUGAGGUGGCCGCACUGGCGCGGCAGGCUGAGGACGAGUUCAUGGUCCUGGCCUCUGACGGCGUGUGGGACGCUAUGUCUGGCGCUGCCCUGGUGGAGCUGGUGGCUUCCCGCCUCCGCUUGGGCCUGGCCCCAGAGCUUCUCUGCGCGCAGCUUUUGGACACGUGUCUGUGCAAGGGCAGCCUGGACAACAUGACCUGCAUCCUGGUCUGCUUCCCUGGGGCUCCCGGGCCUUGUGAGGAGGCGAUGAGGAGGGAGCUGACAUUGGACACAGCCCUGGGCCGCAGAGUCGCUGAGCUGUGUGCCUCUGCUCAGGAGCCCCCCAGCCUAAACACAGUUUUUACAACUCUGGCCUCAGAGGACAUCCCAGAUUUACCUCCUGGGGGAGGGCUGUACUGCAAGGCCAAUGUCAUCGCUGAAGCUUAUUCUCAGCUCUGCCAGGCCUCAGAAGAGUGCUGGCAGAAAGGGCGAGAUGGGGCGGAGAAGCUCACCCGCACCCAUUCGGGUUCCAUCUUGGACUUGGAGGCCUAACAACUGUCGUCCUUUGGGGACCCUCCGCUCAGCUGGGGCCUCGACAGAACUCAGGAAGAAAAUUGCCCCCUUCCCCAGCUACGUGGACCAGAGGAAGGAAGACAAGCGCUGGAGGAACCCCAGAAUGCCUGUUUCCCCUUUUCCUACUUCCUUACAGAAAAGUCUUAUGAGAGGGGAAAUUCCACCACCAUGCAGACCAGAAUAAGAAAACAAAAAAAACCCAACCAAAUGUUUUUGAAAUAUUUAGAGUGAACAGAUUCUGAGCGAUCACCCAGUUCAAUAAUUUCUUCCUAUUUUUCAUUUGUUUUCAAGGGGACAUCGGGGAGAGUCUUUAUUAAAUUUUAAUUACAUAAGUGAUUCCAAAUACAUUGUCUUGUAAAAACAAACAUUAGUUGCCUAGUCAGUUGGCAAAAUAUGUAUUGGGCACCCGCUGUGUGCUAGCCCCCCACCCCCCACAGCCAUGAACCAGUCCAGGCCACCAAGACCCUUGCCCCGUUGGGGAUGGCCUCCUAAGUUAAGAGAGACAGCAGACAAGGGAACCAGAAAAUGAAGUCAUCUCAGACACGAACAAGUGUCAUAAAGAAAAUAAAACAGAGAACAUGAUGAGAAAAUGACUAGGAGAGCUACUUUGAGGGUUUUUUUUAAUGUCAAAUUUUUAUUUUAAAAUUUUACUUAAUUCAUUUAGUUUGUGA